AUGGUCUCCAUCUCGUCGGACAGCGACUCUCGCGACCAGCAAUCGUCUUCGGCAUCAACACCAUCCGAUCACGAUGUGCACGCCGGUCCUAGCGCGGCUCAGUCCCAGGUCCUUGACGAGACCCUCUUUCCCGCCGACUCCUACACCCGCGACACAAAGACCUACUGGGCCGACCUGCCAUUCUGGGAAAAGACCAGAUGGAUCAACGCCCAGUCCAACCAAGAGGCACGUCGCGAGCUCGGCGAGAUUGGCAGCAUGUUCAAACGCGACCCUCUGUCGCCCUUGCGUGCCUAUUACAACAACUACGUCAUCACCGGUCUCGGUCUCUUCGUCGAAGGCUACACCCUCUUCUCGAUCGGAAACCUCUCGCCGCUGUUCAAGGCGGUGUGGCCGGAAUGCUGGAAGAACUAUCGCGUCUGCGAUGAGGGCUGGCUCCACGCCAUCGACUACCUCGAGAUCGUCGGUAUCAUCUUUGGUCAGAUCCUCGUCGGUAUCGAAGGUGACUGGAUCGGCCGUCGAUUCGGCAUGGUCCAGGAUGCGCUCGUCAUGACCCUCGGUUCCGUCAUGCUGACAGCCAUGUGGGGCACCUCGCUCAACGGUUGGAUCAUCUGCUACGCCUGGUCUGUCUUCAUCUACGGCAUCGGUGUCGGUGGUGAAUAUCCCAUGACCUCGACUCGCGCCAUGGAAGGCACCGGCACCGGCCGCGCUGCUACCACGGGAGACCGCAUGCACCGUGGUCGAAAGGUCGCUCUCUCCUUCCUCAUGCAGGGUUGGGGUCAGCUUGCCAACCAGGCCGUGCUCAUCAUCGGCUUGCUCAUCUUCCACGGCUCGCUCGCUGCUCCCUACUCCAAGACCUCCACCCAGUGGACCUUCCGAGUCCAGUUCGGCAUCAUCGCCGCAUUCACACUCUACCUCGCCUACAUUCGUUACUACCGCAUGAAGUACCAGGAUGCUGCGCUACAGAACGCCAAGAAGCGUCUCAACACCUCGGGCUACGACGUGAAAUCGCUCAAGCUCUCGCUCAGCCAUUACUGGCAUCGCCUCGUUGGAACCGCUGGCGGCUGGUUCGCCAACGACUUCUUCUUCUACGGCAACAAGAUCUUCUCGGGCAUCUUCAUCAACAUCAUCACCGGCAACCGCGGUGGUCUCGAGACCACCUGGCUCUUCAACCUCUACAACAUCAUCGUCUCGCUAUGCGGCUACUACCUCGCCGCUCUCUUGAUCGACCACAAGCAGUACGGUCGCAAGUGGAUGCAGGCCAACGGAUUCAUCGCCGACUUCAUCCUCUUCAUCAUCGGUGCUGCGCUCUUCAACCCGCUCACAAAGCCAGGCGGAGGUGUCAAGGCCUUCCAAGCGAUCUACUUCCUUUCGUCCUUCUUCAACCAGUUUGGUCCCAACUCGACCACCUUCUUGCUCGCCGCCGAGGUGUUCCCCGCUUCCAUCCGUGCCACUUCGCACGGUGUUUCAGCUGCUGUUGGCAAGCUCGGUGCACUUGCCCCCGCCGUCCUGUACAACUACAUUGACAACCACACCAAGUUCUGGGUGGUGUCCUGGUUCGGUCUGCUUGGCUGGAUCCUGACCAUGGUCUUCAUCCCCGACACCACUGGUCUCGAUCUGCGCGAGCAGGAGCGAUACUGGGAGUGUGUCGUGCAGGGCCGGGAACAGGACUACCACGGAGUUGCCAUCCACCCGCGCCACCUCUCCUUCUACGAGCGUGUGGUGCUCAAGCGACACCGUUACUACGAUCCCGAGCUCGACCGUCAGCAAAAGAUGCAGGAGCUCGAAGCUCACUUCCACUCGAGCAAAAACGAGAAGGGUGCAUCCGACGACGAUUUCCCUGCGGACGAUAUGAUGGAGGCCGAUCUUCAGCUUUACUUCCAAUCCCUCGCCGAUGGUCAGAACAAGAAGCUGCGCCCGCAGGAACCGAGUGCAGCUCAACAUCCUUCCAAGCUUGCAGAGAUCGAGAAGAAAUUGUGA